AUCAAUGAAGUAGUAAAAGGGGGGGAACUUCUGUGGAGGAGGAGAAGGAAAGGGCUUUAGUUGAAGCUUGAUAGACUGUUUGCUUUGGCUGGGUUCCCUGCUUUUACUUACUGAAUUCAAGCAGUGACCAACAGAAAAUUUUAAAAAUGAAGUUCAUCAUUGGCAUUGGAGGAGUGACCAACGGUGGGAAGACCACAUUGACAAAUAGACUACUACAGACAUUACCUAACUGUUGUGUGGUGCAUCAGGAUGACUUUUUCAAGAAACCCGAUCAAAUAGAAGUCGGGGAGGACGGCUUUAGACAGUGGGAUGUGAUCACUGCUCUGGACAUGGAGGCGAUGGUCAACACUGUGAAAGGCUGGCAGGAAAACCCAGUCAAGUUUGCCCGCUCGCACGGCAUCAGUCUAUCACCUGAAGCUGAGGAAUCCAAAUCUGGAGAAAAGGGGAUCCAUAUUCUCAUUGUGGAGGGGUUCCUCAUCUACAACUACAAGCCUCUGAUUGACAUCUAUGACAAAUGUUUUUACAUUUCCAUUCCCUAUGAGGAGUGCAAAAAAAGAAGAAGUACAAGAACAUACACAGUCCCUGACCCCCCUGGCCUGUUCGAUGGCCAUGUCUGGCCCAUGUACUUGAAACACAGGAAAGAUAUGGACAACAACUGCAACAGAAUAGAGUACCUCGAUGGGAUGUCAACAAAGGAGGAGAUCUACAACAAAGUGUGUGAAAGUGUUCAAAACUCACUGCUGAACCACUUAUAGCAGGACGGGCUGCCAGCGGAUGUGUAUAGACUUGUAAAUAUAUUUUGGGUUAAUGUUUAACACCAGUUCUGUACUUCUAGCCUGAUAUGUAAAUAGAUUACCAUGCAACUUAUUAAGAAAUACUGGCAGAAGUUAUGUGUUUUGUAUAAUCCUGUGUAACUUUUUCUAAAACGAUAAGCCACCUCUGUACUACCCAGUAUUCUAACACCAGUAGCUGAUCUACUCUCUUAUCCGGUUGUAUAUGAAAGUAUGAAAUGUCAACUGGGAAGAAGCAUUUGUGUCUCACAAAUCAAAGAAACAACUGAAUCAAC